UUUGGUAAAAGUUUAAUUCAAAAAUGAGUGUGAAAACAGGUGCAAACGUUUGUCCCACAACCGAGGAAAGGUCCGGCGCUGUUCGGGAAGUCGGUUCUCAAGCGGUGUGGAGUUUGUCUUCUUGUAAACCCGGUUUCGGCGUGGAACAGUUGCGAGAUAAUUCGAUGGAAACGUACUGGCAAUCGGACGGCCAGCUGCCGCAUCUGGUCAACAUUCAAUUCCCCCGCAAAACCACGGUAAGUCAGAUCUAUAUUUAUUCCGAUUACAAGCUGGACGAGAGCUACACUCCGAGCCGGAUUUCGAUCCGCUGCGGGACGCAUUUCAACGAUCUGCAAGAGGUCGAAGUGGUGGACCUGUGCGAACCAUCCGGGUGGGUGUGUAUUCCGAUCAAGGAGGUACGGGACAUUCCGAUGCGGACGUUUAUGAUUCAGAUUGCCGUCAUUAGCAACCAUCAGAAUGGGAGGGACACGCACAUGCGGCAGAUUAGGGUCCACUCGCCGACGGAAGGGACGACCUAUCCGUUGGAACAGUUCGGCCCGUUUAGUACGAUCGAAUUUCAGCAGUUCCGCACGAUACGGUAGAUUAGAUUGGAAAAGUAUAAA